AUGGUCGCCUUCGGCCCUGCGUACGAGGAACUAGUGGUUACUCGGACGGAUCUGGUUAUAGCAACGAUCCUCGGCUUUGGCUACUUCGUCGCCCUGCACUGUGUCCGGGAGGUGGUUAGGGCGAGGCGGGUGACCACGUACCUGUUUCUCAUUUGGGGAGAAUUGCUCGCUUGUCUGAUAUACGGUACAACAUGCUGGCUAUAUCUCUAUGAGGUUAUACCGCCAUCCUUCGGAAUUUUCUUCACGACAACAACUGUUUGGGCUUUUCAAGUGCAGUUGCUCCUGCAGAUCAUAUGCAAUCGUAUCGGUAUUCUCAUGGACACGCCCAGGCAGCGGAAAUGCCUGAAGCUUGCCAUAGCAUUUCUCGUCCUUUUGAUCAACAUCUCAGUCUACGUCGUUUGGGUACCUUCCAAGAUGGGAGUAGGCGAGAACUUCAAGAAGGUCAACGUUUGGUGGGAUAGGGUCGAGGUAAGCUGUGACCACGACGUCUGGUUUCUUACGGUGUGCGUUGCUUUGCUUGCCUUUUGCACAAAUACACAGGCUCACUCGAUCGCGUUCGUACAGCUCACGAAAUACGACACACUCGUUCGCUACAACACCGGCAUCGCCAUCGUAUCCUGCGCCAUGGACGUCUUCAUCAUCUGCAUGAUGUCCCUCCGCAACGACUUUGUCUACAACCAGGUCCACCCCGUCGCCUACAUCGUCAAGCUCAACAUUGAGAUUGCCAUGUCCGAUCUCAUCCGCAAAGUCGCCUCCUCCACCGGCCUGCACAUAUACGGCGAAGCAUCGAGUACAUCGGGCGGUACCAGCGGCACGCGCAUGCGUACAGACAACAUCACGACUAGCGGCUUCCGCUCGCGCACAAACCCGGUCGAAGUGCACAUCGGGACGGAGAUCAUGACGACGCAGGAUCCGGGCAUGCCACUGGAGGAGCUGGACAGCAAGCGAGGAGGUACGAAGAGGGAUUUGGGGGUAUCAAGCGGUAGCGCAAGCGACGUCUGGGAUGGGGACGACAACGACAAGCAAUGA